AUGUUUCCUCUAAUUCUAGUAGUAGCACUCGGUCCGCUGGUGUGGUGUCAGUCACCUCCACCGCUUCCGGUAUGGCCUGAUGGAUUCAGGACAGAUGCAACUGUGAUCGCCUUCGAUGACGAAAAUGAACCUCACAGUCAUCACAGUAUAUUCUACUAUGCCUAUUUGAACGUCAGUGGACGAUGGCAUGGCAUGGAACGUCAUGAUCACAUCGGUUAUUGUUAUGGUUGGAGUUCAAAUCGAAAUUGCACGAUACUCAUAACAAAUAACGUUUAUAUUGUUGGGGAAAAUAACGAGUUUUGUUGCAUGGCUUUGCCUGGUAAUUUCGGUGUACCGCGCACCUGGUUGAAAGGUGCAACAUGGCUUGGAGAAGAGGAAAUCUUUGGUCAAAGAGUGAAUCAUUGGUAUUCUCAUGAUCAUGAAUAUUGGAGUCGGGUGGAUGAACCCUUUGAUGGGGUCAGAUAUUCAGGACCCAAUUUCAAAACACCGAGACAAUUUACGAACUACGAAAAAUGGGAAAAAGGUUCUCAGAAAGUAGGACUAUUUGAUCUACCGGCUGAUAUGGAUUGCAGUCAACCUUGUCCAUAA